UCUUGUCACGUGCUUUCCACGUGGUUCAAUCGGAUCUGAGAAACACGGCGGCGACACCGGGAAACUCACAAUUUCUGGAGGCCGCAGAACCACGGAAAAUGGCCGGAGAAAUUGUGGUGAUAUUCGACUUCGAUAGGACGCUGAUCGAAGACGACAGCGACAGAUGGGUGGUGACGAAUAUGGGUCUGACCCAAUUGUUCAAUCAGCUCCGACCCACAUUGCCGUGGAACUCUCUCAUGGAUAGGAUGUUGGAGGAGCUCCACAUUCGAGGAAAAACAAUCGAAGAAAUCUCCGACUGUUUAAAAUCGAUGCCUUUGCAUCCCCAUGUCAUAGAAGCUAUCAAAUCAGCUCAUGCUCUUGGAUGCGAUUUGAAGAUUGUGAGUGACUCGAAUAUGUUCUACAUCAAAACUAUAUUGGAACAUCACGGAAUUUACGAGUGUUUUUCCGAGAUCACCACAAACCCUUCUGUCGUAGAUAAUCGAAGGCUUAGGAUCUCUCCUUUCUCACCUUCGCCUCAUGGUUGCGAUCUCUGUCCUCCCAAUCUAUGCAAGGGGCGUGUGCUUGACCGGAUCCAAGCUUCUACUACAGAAAGUGGGAGGAAAAGACAAUUAAUAUACGUCGGCGAUGGGAUGAAUGAUUUUUGUCCAACUCUGAAGCUUGUUGAGAGAGACUGUGUAAUGCCGAGAAAGAACUUCCCUUUGUGGAACCGUAUAAUGAAGAAUCCUCAACUUGUUAGAGCGAAAAUUCACGAGUGGGGCAAGGGUGAAGAUCUCGCUAGAAUCAUGCUCGAACUUAUUACUAACGAGUCGCAUUGAAGAUAUGAAACAAGUUUAUGAACUACUCAACUUAUUGUCUUGUGAAAUGCAUCCUAUGUUUCUGUAAAUCGAACACAUCAAGGUUUAAUCGAUGUGUGAAAUUCAAGAACAAACUUGGUAAUUGA